AUGGCGGAACACAUAUACUCGAAGGGGACGCCGAUCUGGUACGAGGAUAAGGAGCAUGGAUGGGUGGCGGGCCAGGUCGUGGAGUCGGUGGUGGACGGGAAACAGGUCACCCUCACGCUUUCGAAUGAACGACCGGCGGGCAAGAACGUUGUGAUUCGCGCCACACUCGAUGAAGUCUCCGACAACUCUAGCAAGCUACCGCCUCUACGGAAUGCAAGUUCAUUUGACGAUACAGACGACCUGGCUACGCUUCCUCAUCUGAACGAGCCCUCCAUAUUGCAUGUCGUCGAGAAGAGAUACGCCCAACGAAAGAUAUACACCUAUAGUGGCAUCGUGCUUGUCGCUGUCAACCCUUUCACGGACGUGCCGAUUUAUGGUCCCGAAGUCAUCCAAGAGUAUGCUGGGCGGACUCGCGAGAACCUCGAACCGCAUCUGUUCUCGAUAGCCGAGGAGACCUACACGGCAAUGAGACAUACGCGAAGAUCUCAGACUGUCAUCAUCUCGGGUGAGAGUGGUGCAGGAAAGACUGAGUCUGCGAAGUACAUCAUGCGAUAUCUUGCCAGUGUAACGCCAACAUCGGAGGGCUCUGAAAGCCCCACAGCCAGCUCAAGCUCAGUCGAGCGACAGAUCUUGGCCACCAACCCCAUUCUCGAAGCUUUUGGCAAUGCCAAGACCACGCGGAACGACAAUUCAUCUCGCUUCGGGAAGUACAUUCAGAUCCUAUUCGACGGCGGGCACACCAUCGUCGGCGCGCGAAUACGAACGUAUCUUCUCGAACGAGCGCGUAUCUCGUACCAGCAGCGGGGCGAGCGCAACUACCACAUCUUCUACCAGCUUUGCGCCGGUGCAUCGGCCAAGGAACGGAGUGCAAUUUCACUCGACCGGCCAGCUUCUGAGUUUGCCUAUCUGGCCUACUCUGACUCUCCGGACAAGGACGAGGCGGCCAGCUUUGCUGCGACCAAGCGCGCUCUGAGUACUGUAGGCAUUGACGCAGCGCAGCAGAUGCGCAUCUUCAAACUACUCGCUGGCCUCUUACAUCUUGGAGACAUCACGAUUCGCCAACACCGUGACAAUCCCGACGCUAUCAUGGACGAACGAGAUGCAUCGUUGAUCACCUCGAUGGAGUUGCUUGGUAUCGAUCUGAAGGAGUUCCGCAAGUGGACAACAACGAAGCACUUCGCCGCUCGCGGGGAGAACAUCCGGUCGAACCGUCCUGCAGGACAAGCGCGCGGCGUGCGAGAUGGUGUCGCGAAGUUCAUAUACUCCUGCUUAUUCGAUUGGCUUGUGGCGCAAGUCAACUCAAGCUUGAGUAGCGACAGCGCGUCGUUCAGGGAGCAAACGUUCAUCGCAGUUUUGGAUAUCUACGGGUUUGAGCACUUCGAGACGAACUCGUUCGAGCAAUUCUGCAUCAACUACGCCAACGAGAAGCUGCAACAACAGUUCACGUCGCACGUCUUCAAGAUUCAGCAAACAGAGUACGCGAGCGAGGACAUCGAUUGGCAAACCAUCGACUUCUCCGACAACCAGCCCACGAUCGACCUGAUUGAAGGCCGUCUAGGUCUUCUAGCAAUCCUCGACGAAGAGUCGCGCCUUGCAGCGGGCACAGACGCAACGUUCAUCGAGAAGCUGAACUGGCAGCUGCUCAACUCCGGCCCAUCCGCGAAGGCGCGCAACGAGCGUAUAUUCAAGAACACGCCUGAUAGCUUCACGAUUGCGCACUAUGCGCACAGUGUAGAGUAUGAUGUGGAUGGAUUCUUGGAGAAGAACAGGGGAACGGUACCGGAUGAGCACAUGGACUUGCUCUUGGCCAGCAAAAACGACUUCUUGAGGGAGAUCGUUGAGGCGAGCGCCGUGGGGAAAGCCGCGAAUGCACCCGCUUCGCUGUCUACGCCUGCUCCCGGUGGUCCUACGUCGCGACCUACGACGCCCACCAAUCGGCCUACAACGCCGUCAAAUGGACGUAUGACGCCCAGUACAAACCGUCUUAGGCCCAUGACUCCUUCCUCCGCCAAUGUGAACGUCCGCGGACACGUCCGGAAUCUCACCGCCAACACCGUCGCAUCGCCCUUCCCCACCGGAAAAACGCAGACAACCUCUCGCAAGCCGACACAAUGCAGCAUCUUCAAGACUUCGCUCAGAACGUUGAUGGAUACGCUCGCUCAGACGGACAUACACUAUAUCAGGUGUAUGAAGCCGAACGAGGGGAAGGAGCCCUGGGUACUUGAGAGGGGGUUGGUGUUGGAUCAGUUGAGGGCUUGCGGAGUGUUGGAGACAGUCAGGAUCAGUACUUCGGGUUAUCCCAGUCGAUGGUCAUACGAGGAGUUCGCGCAACGAUAUGCAGUCCUCCUUCCGAAGGAGGAAGCUGAAGUUCUGCUGAAGAAACGAGACCCGAAGCUCACAUCCGUUGCCGUGUUGACGCGGUUCGUCUUGGACACGACCAAGUAUCGCCUUGGUAGGACAAAGGUCUUCUUCCGUGUUCGAGUACUUGCUAUCCUGGAAGGUUUGCGACACGAGGUCGAAGUUCGCGCUGCCAUCACGCUUCAAUGCGCAUGGCGUAGUACCGUUGCGCGUCAUGAACUCGCCUGGCUGCGCGAAGAGAAGGAAGAGCAAGAACGCUUGGAACACGAACGUCUGGAACAAGAGCGCCUGGAACAGGAGCGUCUACAGGAAGAGACACGGCAGGCCGAAGAGCAGAAGCGGAGAGUACGAGACAGUGAUGUGAUGUCCUCACACUACGACGUCGACGCUCUCUCGCUCAAACUCGACGUCGCAUCAAUGCGCGAUCUCCCGGCGAUUCCUGACUCCCCUACUCUCACGCCUCAACUGCCACCCUCACCCCGUUCGGCGCGAACAGCGCGGCCUUCUGGGUCGGCCUCUACAUCACCACGGACGCCGAUGAAGAAACAGAUUUCGACCGUAUCGUUAGGUUCUGCGGGCAAGCAGCUUUCGACCUCGCCACCAGCGUUCGGGUAUCAGCAAGCCACGCAGAGCAGCGCGAGGAAACAUAUUCUUAUUGCCGAGGAGAGGGAAGAUAGGGAACGUGGACGGGAGAAUCUGAGAGUUGACUCGCGGGCGGCUGAUCGUGGGAUUUCGACUGAGAGGCCGAAGAGCAGAGCUACAAGUCGAGCUAAGAGUCGCGAUCCACCGCGGACGCAACAGGAGCGAGCCAGGAGUCGAGAUCCCAAAGAGAAAGAGAAGCAUCAGGGCGGGAACGCCUUGACGAGGCUUAUGGGACGCUCGGAUGGAGCGGAGAAGGGGAAGAAGAAAGAGAGAGAUGGGCGGGAGACGCCAUCCGGGAAGGAGAAGCCGAGGAUGUUUGGUGGAAGGGGCUGGAGGUUAGGGAAGAGUUCAGGCAAGACAAGUGCAGAGUUGCCGAGAGAGCAGGAGAGGCAGAGCGUUGGAGAGGAUGCACAACCUCCUGUACCACCUAAGCCGCCAGUGAAGGAAGACGCACCGCUCCCGAUCUACGCUAAGUUCACGAGCACUCAAAGGCCGACGCCUUGGUAUCUCGAAGCUCAGGCAUAA